AUGGCGGGCCAGCAGGAGCACACAGAUCCAGCGAAGCGUGCGGCCCUCUUCUGUGGGAUUCUCCUCCGUCACCAGGAAGAGGGUGUUUGGAGAAGAGGCACCGGGGCGGCGUCCCUACCGACGGGGGGGGAGGGGCGCGACGGCCUCUCUUCUCCAGAUGGCGGAUGCACGGGAAAUCUGAGGGUGGGCGGCGAGGAGGUUGGGUCCUUCUCCAUUCUCCAUGAGGCGAGGUCUGCACAGGCAGCAGCCCUCCUAGUCCUGGUCCCUGUUCUCUUGGCGUCCGUCCUCCUCAUGGUGCGCCGCUUCGGGAACGGGACGGCCACGGCCACGGCGAGAGCCAGAGAGGAGGCGCUGGGCAAGCUGCCCUCUCCCCGCGGCCGGCUCCCCGUCAUCGGUCACCUGCACCUGCUGGGCUCCUUCCCGCACGUCUCCCUCCGCGACCUCGCCGCCCAGCACGGCCGCGACGGCCUCAUGCUCCUCCGCCUCGGCGCCGUCCCCACGCUCGUCGUCUCCUCGCCGGCCGCCGCGCAGGCCGUGCUGCGCACGCACGACCACGUCUUCGCCUCCCGGCCGCACUCCCCCGUCACCGACAUCCUCUUCUACGGCUCCACCGACGUCGCCUUCUGCCCCUACGGCCACCACUGGCGCCAGGUCAAGAAGAUCGCCACCACGCACCUCCUCACCGCCAGGAAGGUCAGGCUGGUCGUCGCCAAGCUCCGCGACGCGGUCGGCGCCGGCGCCCCCGUCGACCUCAGCGACAUGCUCAGCGCCUUCGCCAACGACGUCGUCUGCCACGCGGUGUCCGGCAAGUCCUUCCGGAAGCAGGGCCACAACAAGCUCUUCCGGGAGCUGGUGGAGGCCAACUCCUCGCUCAUCGGCGGCUUCAACCUCGAGGACCACUUCCCGGCGCUGGUGAAGAUGGACCUCAUCAAGAGGAUGGUGUGCGCCAAGGCCCGGAGAGUGCACAAGAUGUGGGACGACCUGCUUGAUAGCCUCAUCGACCACCACGCCAGCAAACCGGCGUCAGAACGCGGCGGCGAGGACUGCGACUUCAUCGACGUCUUGCUUUCCGUUCAGCAAGAGUACAACCUCACGAAAGACCAUAUCAAGGCUCAGUUGACGGUACGCACACGUAUAGUAUGA